UGUAAUGCAUCUGCAGAUUGUGCUCAUCUGCUCGCUUAUAGCACUUGGUGUGUCCACCUACUAUUUGCCGCAUGACCAAGAUGAGACAGCGGAGCCCAGCAGCCAUCCUCAGGCCAGGUAUAUAGUGUCCAUACAGACGAAGCUGCCCAGAUCCCGCUACUUUGGCACCAACCACGUCUGCGUGGGCACAAUCGUGGCGCCCAUCUUUGUGCUUACCACCACACACUGCAUUUAUAACAGAUCACGCGUCAUGCAUCCCGACGAGCUGCUGAUCAUCGCUGGAGCACCCAAUCGACAGAAGCCCACGGAGCACGCUCGCCUCAUGCACGUGCAGUCGGUGUACCCAAGGGCAAGUUCAGGCAUCAUACACAACCUGGACUUGGCUUUGCUCCGGAUUCGGGACCAGGACACCCUCGAACUGAAUCUUACAUUCAACCUGGGCAUCGCGAGUCUCGCCACUCUCCCGUCCUCUGGAUACCUGAGGUGCACUCGCUUUGGCUGGGAGCGCGCGGAGACCAAUGAAUCCCUUGCAGGACUCUUGAGCCCACGCACCCUGCAGCUGCAGCCACAAAAGUUUUGCCUCAGCCUAUUUCCGGGCUUCUACAGGACCCAUUGGCUCUGCGCCACGGCCUUGCCCGACGCCUCGCAGAACGUUUGUGGGGGCGAUCCAGGUGGGCCGCUCUUCUGCGGCGGCCACCUGGCGGGCAUUUACAUGCGUGAUGCCAUGUGCAGUCGCCGCUAUCCUGCCCUAUUCGUGUCCAUCGCUGCGUACAAUGACUGGAUACAGAAGGCCUUCUCGGGAGCCCAGAGGGCUCUACCAUUCAUUCUAUGGCUUAGUCUAGGAUUAUUUGAAUUGAUUUAA